AUGAAAAAUCACGAAUACUGCUCUUAUACGACUUUCCGUCCUGGUCGAGUAAUAUAUCAAAGUCGAGUAAUAUACCAAAGUCGAGUAAUAUACCAAAGUCGAGUAAUAUAUCGAAGUCGGGUAAUAUAUCAAAGUCGAGUAAUAUAUCGAAGUCGGGUAAUAUAUCAAAGUCGAGUAAUAUAUCAAAGUCGAAUUAACGAAAUCCUAGACCUAGACCAAUCAAUUGUUUUGGGGCCAGAAAUCAUGUAAUCGUGUUUUUAAGCAAAGUUGGACCCGUUUUCUUACAAUAUAUUAGUAUACGUAUUUAAAAUUAUUAUAUUUUAAUUAAGAAAAUACACUAUAUUUGAAAGUCAAAAUUAGUAUUCUAAACCCUUUUUCAGUCUUACAAGUAAAGUUGUAGAGCAGGUAAAAAUACGCAUAGGACGUGUACGAAAAAAAAUCUACAAAUAAAUAAAUGGGAACAAAUAAAAAUUUAUACAGUAUGUUUCUUUUUUUUU